UACCCAUAUAUGCAUGGAGUUUUGAAAAUUACAUGAUCAUCUAAAACACUAUAACUCAACCACUAGUCCACCACUACAUUUUUAAUAUUACUACAAAAACUGGUAGGUGAAAGAAUAUUAGAAAGUUCAAUUCAAUCUGUCCAUGUGUUUUAAAUUACCUUUAGUCAAAUUAUAUAUAUAAAAAAUUGAGUUAAAAACAAAAUUCGUAACUUCAAAAUAUUUAUAAACUAAUUUUACGUUUAAGACAUACAUAAUUUAAUUUAUAAAAGCAUUGUUAUCAUUGAGAUUUGAGAAUAUAUGAAAUUUCUAUUUCUAAGAAUAUUUAGAAUUAAAUUUAUUUUUACGGGAUUCAUUAAACCAUUCAAAAAACAUUAACUAAUAACAUAUAUGAUGUGACACCUAAACGUCUCUCCGCCGCUCCAAACAGAUCUAAAACCUAAAUUUUCCUUUCUCUCUCAGAUCGAAACCAUGUCUGAUGUCCCCGUCAAGCUCUCCAGUUCAACAGUAGUCAUCUGGGACUUGGAGGAAUGCCCGAUCCCAGAAGGUCUAGAUGCUUCCGAUGUUUGUAGAAAACGUAAAUGAGUCGCUUCAUCAGGGUGAGGGUUAUGUUCUAAUCAGGGCAUACUUGGACUUUUUUAAGUUCAUUGGUGAAAUUGGAGGUAGUACUGUAGAAAUUAUACACGUACCUUCAGAAGCUAAAGAUGAGAGACGUAAAAAGAUUUUAGUGGAAUUGUUAGGAUUUGUAGUCAGAUGCUAUUACACACCAGUAAACAUAAUGCUCAUCGUUGGAGACAUCUCAGAACAUCACCAGUUCAGAAGGGCUCUCAUCUUUUUGAAAAAUCAGAAUUUCCACAAUGUUUUUUUGGCACUGCCUCAUGUUCCAUCAUCCGAUCGAGGAGGUCCUUGAUACAGUAAGUGGGUUUUGGCUUUGGAAAAAGCCUAUCGCUGGGAGGAACUCCUCGUUUUUUCUCUCCCUUUCCAAAUGUGGGCCUUGCGAGGCAUAUCGACUUGUCCUGUAAGAACGCAGACAGUAAGAAGACAUGUGUUUUCUGGGACGUCGUGGAUUGCCGGAUGCCUGAAGGUUACGGUGGUGUGAGGGAUGUUUCGCACAACAUUAGACAGUCCCUUAAGAAAUCCGGUUACAAGGGUGAGGUAUCCAUCAAUGCUCAUGUGAAUCAGACCAAUGAUGAUUUUAACGAGUAUGCUUCUACCGACCCGGGAUUCAAGAUCAUACUUGCUCCACCAGGAGAUAGAGAUGCUAGACUUGAGAUGCUUCUAGUGGACCUUAAAAAUCGUCCACCUGCAAAUUAUAUGCUUAUCCUUGGGGACAUCUUCGUGGGAGAUAAUGAUUACAGGGAGUUCGUCAGGGCAUUUGUCACCUUGAAACGUUACACGUGUCUCUUGGCACAGCCUCAAAAGUCUGUAGUGAUGGAUUAUGCGGUAACGAAAUGGCUUUGGAAAAGCCUAUCAACUGAAGGAGACCAUCUUGAUGCUGCCCAAAGCGAAAGUUCACAAGGUGUUGACAAUUCUUCUAGUGCAAGUAGUUCAUAAGGUGUCUCUCAUUGCGUAGCCCUGAAGUCUAUAUAUGCAGAGAAAAAUUGUGGAGCUACUCAGGGUUAUUUUCUUACUUUUGUUUCGAUGUCGGUCUCUUCUCUUCCUAGUUUCUCUUUCAUUUUAGUGCAUUAAAAUUCGGUUUUGAAAGGCUGCUAUCCAAUA